GGUGCCGGUGCCAUCUCGGGACAGAUUGCUGGACUUUAGAGCCGGGGUCCCACUGACUGACCCCCGGCACCCGCUGGAGCGGCUAGGCAGUGGGGUCUGAACUGUCGCCGGAUAACGGCAGCAACGCGUGAUUUCUUGCGGCCCCUUGAGAACGGUGUGCACACUUGCCGCGAUGCCACGAAAGAAACCCUCCGGGCCAAAACCCGCGGCGAAGACCCCAACGGAGCUCAUGAACGCGGCCUUCAGCGGGCGACUGGAGGAAGUGCAGGAGAUGCUGCGACGGAAGGUGGACGUCAACGCCCAGGCCCUCUCCACCCGGCCACAUACCGACGCAGUGUUCACGGCCAUGACGUACGCCAUCAUGGGAGGCCAUCUGUCCGUGGUCGAAGCCCUGGUUGAGGCCGGGGCCCGUUUAGAGGACGACUGUGGCGGUGACGGCGAGACGGCGCUGCUGUCGGCUGCGUCCCUCGGUAGCGCGGACAUCGUCCAGGUGCUGUUGAAGCACGGUGCCAAUGUGAAUGUCGUCUCCCGCACGAAAAAGAACUCGGCGCUCACCCUGGCGUGUGAGCGGGGCAGCGAAGACAUAGUGAGCCUCCUACUGGAGGCCGGGGCUAACCUGGAGCACCAGAACCACCGCAAGUACACGCCACUGAUGGCGGCCUGCUACGACCGCCACCUGGAGGUGGUGCGGCUGCUCAUCAACGGCGGUGCUCAGGUGCAAGGGCCGCCGGACAGCUUCGACUCGCCGCUCCUGCUGGCAGUGUACGGCAACUAUGUAAACAUUGCCCAACUGCUGCUGGAAAACGGCGCCGACACAGAGCAUGUCAACGAGUCCGGAUACACAGCCAUACUGGAGGCGGCCAGCGAGGGACUCCGGGAGAUGACGCGUCUUCUGAUCUCGCACGGCGCCAAUGUCAACUUCAUCACGGGGGACGGCCAGAGCUCAGCGCUGUCGAUGGCGUGCGCCAGUGGAUACCUGGACACGGCCCGCAUCCUGGUCAAGGCCGGAGCCAAGGUCAACAGCGGCUGCUCCUCUCCGCUGAUUGAGGCCGCGUGUGCCGGAGAGAGCGAGAUCGUCGAGUGGCUGCUGCGACACGGAGCCGACAUACGGCACCAGAACAGCCUCGGGGACACGGCGCUGACGAUAGCAGCCCAGCACGACCGGAUGGAGGUGGUGGACAAGCUGGUGGAAAAUAACGCAGACAUGGAGGUGCUGAACUCCGCCGGCCGCUCGCCUCUGAUGGUGGCGGCGGCCAACGGCUGCUUCGACACCGUCGAGGCGCUGCUGGAGUGGGGCGCCGACGUGAACCGGUCGUCGCCCAACAACACCGUCACCGCCCUGAGCCUGGCCUGCAACGGCGGCUGGCACCGCACGGUCUCCUUGCUGCUGCGAAGCGGCGCCAACAUCAUGCACAAGCUCAAGGACGGUUCAUCAGCACUGAUGGAGGCCACCCUGCAGCAGGAGACGAAAACGCUUCGCGUACUCACACAGUACCCGCUGAACGCUUCCCUCUCUGAUGACGAGCUUUCGGACGACGCCAAGGUUGAGUCCGGCUCAAGUAAGGAAGACCCCGACCAGGACGUAAAAAAGCGGGAUCGGGACGGGACGACGUCCUCAACCGAUAGCUGGACAGAGUGGUCUGAUUACGAGGACGACGAUGACGACGAGCGUAGUGACGCAGAGUGUGCUGUCUCGAGCGGAUCGAACAAACCUCCACAACAGUCUGCUCAGUCUGCCUCCGCCGACGGCGGCAAGGGAGGCGCCACCAGCAAAUGUUCGCGGAAAUCCGGCGCCGUAUCCGCUUCGGGCCCGGUGGCUCUGACUCCGCGCCCCAAACCUGGGGCUUCAGCUCCGGCUGCGGCGUCGGCUUCGGCUUCGACUUCAACUCCGGCUGCGGCUUCAGCUUCAGCUCCGAUGAGCCCUGUGACCGACGCUCAGAUAGUGAAGAAGGCCGAGUCCAUCAAGCAGCGGAGAAUGGAGAUCAAGGUGGCCAUCAUCCAGCACCAGCUGGAAGAGGCCGCCCUGGAUCGCCUGAGGACCAAGUUGAAGCAGCAGGAAACGGUGACGCCCGCCGAGAAGACGGCCUUCGUGAAGGAGCGAGACCGACUGCAGCAGGUGCGCCAACAGUUUGACCAGCAGCUACGGGACUUGGAGAAAGAGAUAAACGAAGACAUCGAACUCAGCAGCCGACGGAAGCAGGCUUCCCCGUCACCCCCGGGCAUUGAAGCCCGAGGCAGGCAGCAGGUGGUCGACUUUCUAGUAAACCGGAAGGCCUUUGCCGGACAGCACUCGCCUCUGGGGGUGGCGUGCUCCAUCGGAAAUCCCGAAGUGGUUAAUAUUCUGCUGGACAGCCAUGCUCACAUCGAGCAACGCGACAAGGCGGGCUUCACGCCGCUCAUGCUGGCGGCUGGCGCCGGCCACACCGGCAUCGUGCUGCUGCUGAUGGACAAGGGCGCCGACGCGGCACUCACCUGCGAGGGCUCGCAUGACACGCCCCUCAUGCUGGCCUGCUCCGGCGCUCACUACGAUACCGUCCGCGUCCUCAUCAAAACCGGAUCCAACCUGGAACACCGCAACGCCUCCGACUACACGCCACUGUCCAUGGCGGCGGCCGCCGGCAGCCUGGAGAUCGUCCGCUUCCUGCUGCAGCAAGGGGCCGACAUCAACAGCAGGCGGGCCACCCGGCUGAACAUCACGCCACUGAUGGUGGCGGCCACCAGCGGACAAACGGAGAUUGUCAAGUUUCUUCUGGAGAAAGGCUGCGACACCAGGGCCGAGAUUGCGAGCAACCAUAACACGGCUUUGACGCUGGCCUGCUUCAAGGGCCGUCUCGAGGCGGUUGAUCUGCUGCUGCAGUUCGGAUCACACAUUGAGCACCGUGCCAAGACGGGUUUGACGCCGCUAAUGGAGGCGGCCCAAGGCGGUUUCCUAGAAGUGGGGAAGCUGCUGCUGGACCGGAAGGCAGAAGUCAACGCCGCGACGCCCGUCGGCCGGAAGACGGUGCUCAUGGCUGCCGCUCUGCGAGGUCACACCGAGUUCGUAAAGCUGCUCAUCUCCAGAGGGGCAAAGAUCGACGCACAGAACAAGAGAGGAUGCACUGCCCUUUGGCUGGCCGUAGAUGCAGGUCACAAAGAGACGGCACAGCUGCUGAAGUCGCACGGAGCGUCGGUGGAUGACCAAGACGCCAAACAGGUGUCGUGCAUCAUGGCGGCAGUACCGCAGCGGCAACGUGGAGCUGGUGCGCUGGCUGUUGGAGUGUGCGUCACAGCUGCCGUCUGACGCCGAGCUGGACCGGUCCAUCCAGUGCGACGCGAAGAAGGCGCAGCGCUCGGAAGCCGCCGUUGGAAAAGAGCGCCGGGAAUGUCUGAAACUCAUCCGAAGUGAGAGGGAGAAGAAGUACUUAGAAGCAAACAAGCUCGGCGAGUCGCUCCUUGAAGAGGAGG